CCCAAAGCUCGAGCUGUCGUUUUAUAUGUUACUUUGCUGCGUACAGCACACGCAGGCUUUACAGUGCACAGUCGAGCGUCGAGCCGAUUUAGUUUCCAAUCCGUUUGCGUUUAGGCCAGACUUGCCUAUUAGAAGUUGAUUUUGACCGAAGGAAAAGCGGUAACAAUGAGGGAAAUCGUCCAUCUGCAAGCCGGCCAAUGCGGUAACCAAGUCGGCGCUAAGUUUUGGGAAGUAAUUUCCGCCGAGCACGGCAUAGAUCCUUCCGGAACGUAUACAGGAAACAGCAACUUGCAACUAGAGAGAAUUAAUGUCUACUACAACGAAGCAUCGGUGGCCUCGGCCGGAGAUGGCGGCAAGUACGUGCCCAGGGCGAUCCUGCUGGACCUGGAGCCGGGCACCAUGGACGCGGUGCGUUCAGGCCAAUACGGGCGGCUCUUCCGCCCCGACAACUUCGUCUUCGGGCAAUCCGGAGCCGGCAACAACUGGGCCAAGGGCCAUUACACCGAAGGCGCCGAGCUGGUGGACGCCGUCCUCGACGUCGUCCGCAAGGAGGCGGAGAACUGCGAUUGCCUGCAGGGCUUCCAGCUGACGCACUCCCUCGGAGGCGGCACCGGAUCGGGCAUGGGAACUUUGUUGAUAUCGAAAAUCAGGGAGGAAUACCCCGAUAGGAUAAUGAACACUUAUUCGGUAAUGCCGAGUCCCAAAGUAUCGGACACGGUCGUCGAACCGUACAAUGCCACAUUAUCCGUUCAUCAGUUAGUCGAAAAUACCGAUGAAACCUAUUGUAUAGACAACGAAGCGUUAUACGACAUUUGCUUCAGAACGUUGAAGGUUCCGAAUCCGAGCUACGGCGAUCUGAACCACUUGGUGUCUCUCACCAUGUCCGGCGUGACGACCUGCCUCAGAUUCCCCGGUCAAUUGAACGCUGAUCUGAGGAAAUUGGCCGUCAACAUGGUACCCUUCCCGCGUUUGCACUUCUUCAUGCCCGGCUUCGCUCCUCUCACCUCCAGAGGCAACGUCCAGUACAGGGCCCUCACCGUGCCGGAGCUCACCCAGCAAAUGUUCGACUCCAAGAACAUGAUGGCCGCCUGCGAUCCCAGGCACGGCCGGUACCUCACCGUCGCCGCCGUCUUCAGAGGUCGUAUGUCGAUGAAGGAAGUGGACGAGCAAAUGUUGGCCGUUCAGAACAAGAACAGCAGUUACUUCGUGGAGUGGAUUCCCAACAACGUGAAGACGGCGGUGUGCGAUAUACCGCCCGUUGGUUUGAAAAUGUCCGCUACGUUUAUAGGCAACACCACCGCCAUACAGGAGCUGUUCAAGAGGAUCUCCGAGCAAUUCGCCGCCAUGUUUCGACGAAAAGCCUUCUUGCACUGGUAUACGGGCGAAGGUAUGGAUGAAAUGGAAUUCACGGAAGCGGAAUCGAACAUGAACGAUUUGAUAUCGGAGUAUCAGCAGUACCAGGAGGCAACGGUAGAUGAGGAUUACGAAGCGGAAGAGGAACCUGCCGCCGAUGAUUUUAAUUGUUAAAUUCUACAGUUGGUUUAAUGGAUAGAAGGAAAUCGUUUAAAAUUUAUAAGUAACUUAAGAUAUAUUGAAAAAAAUUCAUCUUUUGUAACAUGCUCGAGUGUUGUUAACUAGUCCUUUUUUUUGUUGUUAAUUAGGAAAUAUUUUUAUCUCAGUGCGAAGUUAAAUGUAGUUUAGUUUAGUAAUAUUUAUCGAAACACGUAUACGGACUUUUAAGGAGUUUGAAGCGAUUAUGUUAAUAGAGAGGAAACUCGUGUUUCGUUUAUGAAGCAUGUUACAGACGAUAUUUAUUUGCAUUUAUUUCGUAUCACAUUACACAUUUUUAGAUUAUAUUAUUUUAUAUUGAAAAAAAUUUCAUUAAAGACUGGACAAUUUAUACAUAUCAGUUUUUUUAAUUAUCCCAAGAUUAAG